CACGUGGCGCUUCAUUAGGUUGGGAUAGAACGUCGUAGUUUUACUUUUAUGCUGAAUAUGUGAUAACGUUGUACUUAGUACCUUAGUAGCUACAAUUUUGCUAGAAGCCUAAUUAAAGGUAAAAAAAUGCAUCUCACCGAAGAGGAUGAAAACAACAUACAGAUAAUAAACGAGUUCAAAGUGACAUGGUUUACUUUAUUAUCUCGUGUUGACGCUGCUCCAACGGUGGACGAAAUUGUCCUAACAUCAUUGAAUCAUGUAGCAAAUCUGAUGAUGUGCCGGAUGAGUGGGAACCCAUCGAAAAGUAUUGUUUUUGACAUGGCUCUCAAUUUAUGUGUGUUCGAAACCUUAUUUCAGUGGAACUUUGUGUUUACUGGGGCUGAUCUUGAAGCCUACAAGGUAAGGGAGCUCCAGUUUUACGAUUCUCUUAUCGGGAGCAACGGAGACUACUAUCUAUCCCAUGAAGCUUUUGUGAUACCAUUUAUGGCAACAAUGCAUCAUUGCUCAUUACGUUCAUGUCUACUUGUUGAACGUGCACUUGUACGUUUAUUGAAUACUGUUUGUGCAAUCUUAUCAACACAAUUUAAACAUGAAUAUGUACAAGAUAAUUCUCUUUCAUCUUCUUCUCCUACUUCUUGUCUGCCUCUUCAUCAUAAACAACAUAAUGAUAACAAGAAUAGCGAUUCUUUACAUCUAUUUCGACGAAUGUGUAUGGGUGUAGUGGAUUUAAGUCAAAUUGGUACUAGUUUCACAUCUGAUUUAAACCAUACUACUAAUAAUAACAAUAGUAACAAUGAUUCGAGUAAUGUUAAUUGUGAACGAUGUAAUUCGAUUACCAGUGGAGGAUUGAUUUCAUCAUUGAAAAUCAUGGAGUCUAUUGAUUGGGCAAUGUGUUUAGAAUCGAGUAAAUUCGAUAUGGACAAUGAAUUUGAUAAUCACAACAACAAUGACGAUAAUAAUGUAUUCCAAUCUGAUUUUGAUGAAUCACCUUCAUAUUAUACCACUAAUAAUAUUAGCAGUAAUAAUAAACUGCCAACUAUCGAUUCGAUUUGCGACCUAUUAGCACCAUAUGUUUUCAGAGAUGGAGAUUUGGGCUGGCAAGCCAGAGAUUCGCUAUUAUUGAUUGCAGCAUAUUCAUUAAGAGAUGAAGAAUUUAGUCAUAGUAUUGCUAAAUAUUCAUCAAUUUGUGCGGUAAUUGCCACUGGUCUGGGAAUAUUGUAUACAGCUUUACCUCAUCGUUUAGUAAAUAAUAACUCACCAGAAACUUGGCCAAUACUUAUUCGAACAUUGAAUACUAAUCAAUUAGCAAAUGCACGUUUCAAUGAAUUUCUGGAUGCAUUGGAUUUUUGCCGUUCUUUACUUGAGAUUGCUCAUCCCCUGAUACAAUCAUGUCUUUUGCACUGUAUACAUGCUAUCUUCUUUGUUUCUAUCAUUGGUCCAGCGUUAACACAGAAAGCUCCUGAAGAUGUUAUCACAGCUACUGUCUACCUGGAACAAUUUAUCAUUCAUACUGUAGGCUCUUCAUUACUUCCCAUACUAUUGCGAUUUCUAUUAAUGAAACUACCUUCAACCAUUAUAUUUGGUACCAAUUCACAAAUGAAUCAAAUGACUACAAGUACGUCAACAACACCCGAAGGAAUUAAUCCCAUUGGUUCUUGUCAGUCGUCCUCUGUCGAGGCUACGCUUAAAGAUGAUGAUAAUAAUUCGCCUGUAUUUUCACCUGAAUCUUGUGAUGAUCCAUCAUUAUUCGGUGAGAAUCAAUUUAUCACUUCUAAUAGUAUAACUUAUAUGGAUUUGAUAAUUGCUCGUAUACAUCAGUGUAAUAGUUUACUCGGUAUCACAACCAUGUCGUUGAUGAACACCAUUAUCGAUCUACAUUGUGAAGAUAUCAUGUUCGUCCUUGUAUUAAAGCAUUUAAUUUCAGUUAGAGAUCAUUUAUUCAAUAUCGGAUGGACAUGGCCAGAUCCUAGUAGUGUAACUGAUGCAUCAACAAAACUACUUAAUUUAUCCUCCUCCUCAUCGUCUUUGAGAUUUAAUCUAGAUUCAGCCAGAUUUAAUGCAACAACAGAUGAAAGCAUAAUUCACCAUUCAAAUAGUUAUCAUUAUCAUCAGCAUGAACAAAAUCGACAACGCCAACCAAAUCAUCGCAAUAAUACAGUAGCUCAAUUAGAUAUUGAUAAUGUGGAGGAGUUUAACUACUCUUCAGAUCAAUCAUUGUCUAAAGAGUUACACAAUAAGGAUGAAGGACUUGAAGUUUUAGCCUCUAAAAAUGAACCAUUUGUUAUGCAAAUAAAUAAUCUUCCAGUUGGUAGUCAAUUCUUAGCAAGUCAUUUAUUAAUUCCUCAUGCAGAAUUAACAGCGAAUUCAUCAUUAAUUUUUAAUAAUUAUUAUCAAAAUGAUUUUCAAUUGACUAAUAAACAAGAUUAUAACAAACAUACUUCACUUCAUAUUAAUAACAAUAAUAACACUACUGUUAAUAUCAAUAAUGAACUUACACAACAAACAUCUCUUACAGAAUUAUCUUCUAAUCAUUCUUCUCCUACACCACCAUCUUCAAUUUCUUCUAUGUAUAAUAAGGAUACAACAAUGAAUUCAUCAAAUUCCAUGCUUGAUUGGUUAUCUUACACAUCAUGGGCUCAUCAAACUAUUAAAAUACGUAAACAUGCUUGUAAAACAUGGCAGUUAACAUUUGAUGCGAAUCAACCAACUAAUGAACAAAUUAAUUUAUUAAAUGAAAAUUUAAAGAAUUUACAAAUGACUGAGAAAGAGAUUACAACACAUUAUGAAAAAACACGUAAAUUCUCUGAAUAUGAUUGUCGUAUCGGUUUAGAUCCGUAUAAAAUUUACACAGAGUAUAAAUGUUUUAUUAAUAGAAAUUGUUAUACAAAUUGUGAUCUGGAAAUAAAUGCUAAUGAAUUACAUGCGAAAGCAUUGUGUAACGCAGCGACAAAAUUGAAUAUUGACACAGAUCUAGAUUUAGAUGGAUCAGAAAAUUUAGAUGAUUGUCCUCCUGUUGCUGAAAGUGAUCAAUAUACAGAUCAAUCACAACAGAAACAACAAACGUAUCAUGAGAAAUUAUUUUCUGAUCAACAAAUUCAUAAAAGUGUGUCUGUAAAAAAUCCUAUAUGUAUGUCCCACUCCAUUGAUCAUAAUCUCUGUACAUGUUUUAAGAAACCUAAAGAAUCCUUUGAAAAUUCAACUGAGACAUCCAUUCAUACGAAAUUAUAUGACAAAUCUCUAAUUAAAUCAUGGUAUUAUCUUAAUUUCCUGGAUUCAUUAGAUAUUAACGAACAGGUAAAUGUACAUAACCCUUUUAACAAUGUUAUCGAUACUACUAAUAUUGAAGAGAAUAGUAAAAUUAAACAAGAGAAAACGCAUCUGCAAUCAUUAGUAGGUGGUCCAUCAGAGUGCCCGGAACAAACUUUACACAAUGAAGAAUAUAUAACAAGUUUUAUGAAUUUUAACAGUAACAAUAAUUGUUAUUAUAGUGAAGACAAAUCUUGUGAAUUAAAUAAAUUUAUUGAAAAACUAGAGAAUUUUUCACCUGAACAUUUGAUGGCCAACUUUAACAUACUGGAUGAAAGACAAGAACAGUUAAAAUUUGAUAAAAAGUAUUUUAGAAAUACCAACAACAUUAGUCGAUGUAAUAGUUUAUCCAGUUUACAUAAUUUUGUAGAUGAAUCAUGUCAGUAUUUUGAUAAAUUAUUUGGUCGAUUAAAAGCACCUAGUCUACAAAUAUUACCCAACCAAGUAAAUAAUCAUGAACUGGAAUUGUUUGAUAUACCUUUAACUGAAACAUAUCCAAUGUGUACACCUCAGAAAAGUACAUCAGCAUAUUCGACAAAGGGAUUUUCCGAUUUGCAGUUAGACAAGAGCUGUAAUAAAAUAACUCAAAGAGCGAAAUCUUUAACUAGGGAUGAACUUCACAGCAAUACUACUACUACUACUACUACUACUACUACUACUACUACUACUACUACUACUACUACUACUACUACUACUACUACUACUACUACCAAUAAUAAUCAUAAUCUUGAUCGUCAUCAUCAUCAACACCGUGAUAAUUACUGUGAAAUGGGUUUUAAUCAUGGUUCAUUAAAUAACCUUAUACAAACUCGUUUAAUGAAUGAUUCAAACAGUCAUGAUAAUUUUAAUAGUCCAUGCUCAUUAGUUUUGAUGUCAUCAACGGAUACCAAAGAAAAAGUUAAAGAGAUGAAUAGAGAUUAUUUAAUAAAUUAUAAUCAGUGUCAUUUAUCUCCAUCAAGAGUACAAAUGAAUUGUCCUUAUAAAAAAUCAAGUAUUUCUACAAUCUCAUCAACAACAUCUGGUGUUUAUUUAGAAACAAUACGACCAAAUUUAUCACAAAAUCCUUAUAAUAAUAAAUCAUUAGGAUAUAAUGAUAUUGAUCUGAACGUUGAUCAUAAUCAUAAUAAUAAUACUGGUACUAAUACUACUGAUUUUAAUACUACUCAUAAAAAUUCUAUGGAUUCUUGCACAAAUUAUCCAAAUUUAGGUCCAUUUUUAACCACUUUAUUCAAUCGCUUAGAAAAUUUCACCAAUAAUUGUUUUUAUGCUAAUCUCUAUUUAACUAACCUAAUAUCUAGUCUUGCCUCUUAUCCUAUACCAUUAUUACGAGCUAUUCUGUUCCUAACAAAUACAACACAAUUUGCACAAUCUAUGGCGGCGGCAACAAAUACAAAACAUUUCAAUACUCAAACCUUUAGAGCCAUAAACGAUAAUGUUCUUUAUUAUUUACCAUAUAAUAUUUUAUGUUUAAUUAAAGAACAAAUUGAAUUGUUCACUGUAUUGUAUACUAGACAAGUUAAAUAUUUCGGAUCUUUGGAUACAUUGAAUGGUUAUAGUUUUGACGAAUUAAAACAAGAAGCACGUCGUUAUUUAAACUGUGAGACAAUUGAUUUAUCUAAAUUAUCAAUAUCAAUGGAUACAUCAACAAUACCUUUAGGAGUAGAGAAAAAAAAGAAAAAAUUAAAAAGUACAAAUAUUUCGCAUAAAGAAUCAAAAACUUUCACUACAGAUAAACAAAAUAUAUCACCUAUGAUGAAUUCGAAUAGACGGUCAUAUUUCCGGAAAUGGUUUAGCCUUUCUUCCAAAUCUAAUAAUAAUAAUAACAAGAACUCAGAUAUUAUCAAUACUUCUGGGAACAAUCUUAAAAAUACUAGGAGCACAAAUAAAAAUCGUCUUAAAUCUUCUAACACUAAUGUAUUAAAUCCAAAAGAUUUACUUGACUUCUCACAAAUUCUACAAAAACCAAUGACAGAGUUUACUUUUCUAAUCGACCUGGACAGCAAUUAUCAACAGUUAAUUAAUAUUUUGUCUGACCAGGAGGCUACUACUAUUAGUGGUAGUAGUAGUAGUAGUAAUGGUAACAAUGCUCAAAAACGUCGAAGAAGUUUUCGAUUGUCCACAAUAAAACGGCUAAAAACCAAUGUAAACACUGAAGAUAGAAUAAUGUCAAUGAUGAUGAUGAAUACGGAAAAUUCAAUACUUGAUAUAUCUAGAAUACAAAGAAUGGUAUUAUGUGCAGUUAUAUUUGAAGAUUUUUGUAAAGAAUUAGCUGCUAUCUGUACAGAACACAGUGUUCAAUGGUGAUAACCACCUCUUCUUCUCUUAUUAUCAUCUUGUCUUCUCUAUAUUUUUUUUGUGAACAUAGAUACAUUCACUUAUACCUUCAUGUACCUUUUCUUUUAAUGAUUCAACCUUAUUUUGCACUGAUAUUUCCACGUUAUUUGUGUGUGUGUGUUUGUUUGUACUUACCUUUAAUAUGUUUACAAUUAAGAAAAUCCUACCUGUUUUGUUUUUCUAAAAAGUUGUUGUUUUUGGAAUUAGAUCAAUGUCUAUUAUUUUUUUGAAUCGAGGAUGACAAUUUUCUAAAAAAUAAUAUGUGACUGUAGAAAACAUAAUUUUCUAUGGAAAAGGAGAUGUAUGAUCAUAAUUGUCUUUCACUGACUAUAUGUGAUUAUUAUUAUUAUUAUUAUUAUUAUUGUGUAUUUGUAAAGAAUGGUAAACGGGGAAACUGUAAUACGCAUAUCAACAGAGGUAAAAAGUUUUUUUAUAUAUUGAUAUAUGUUUACACUUAUAAAUUUUGAUUUUUCAAGAAAUACACAGUCAUAACAUUAUUGUGUCUUUUUACUUUUGUUUAUUCAUUAUACCAUGACGAAUUUAUUUUUUGUGCUGGUUUAUCCAAUUACGAUUUUUCUGUUUAUUUGGUUUGUUUCUUGUUGUCUUUGUUUUCUUUUUUUUCUAAUAAGGUUUCAUAAAUCAAUUUGUCUUUUGUUUAACAUAAAUAAUUUGUUACUUAACACUCUUGUGCAAUCCAAUCCUCUUAUUUUAUGUUAAUAAUAAUCUGACAGCUGGUUUACUUUGAAAUAAAUAUUUUGAAUGAGCACCGUAUUUUCGACUGGUUCUUUUUUGCAUUUUAUUUUAUAUAACUCAGGUUUGAAACAAGUAAUAUAUUUGUUUUUGGUUGAGAUCAUGAACCGAUUGAUGUUAGACCACCGUUGAAAACCUGGAAGCACUGGACAGCCG